AUGCGUGGAGUACCAAGGAGGAUUAAUUAUCAACGGUUCCGGUGUAAAACUCUGCUUUCGUUCAUCUUGGUUUUGAACGUGGCUCUGUUCGUCGUAUUCAACGGCAUUGUUAUUCUUUACAGGGAGCCUUUAGAUAGGGAUUCUACUGAUUUUGAAUUUCAAGUUUUAAAGAGUGAAAAGUCCCGUGAAAAUCAUUGCUCAGAGGAGAUUGAAGAAAAUCUGGUGUUUAGCAAAGAUAAAAUCACACCUCCAGAUAAGGACGAAACUGAAACUUUGCCUAUUAAUGUUAGAGAUUAUAAUGAUGACAAUGACGACGAUGAUAAAAAAGGUGACGCCAACGACGUUGAAAUCGACGACGACGAGCGUAGCAAGGAGAAUGAUAAUGAUGAGGGUGAUAAUGAUGAGGGUGAUAAUGAUGAGGGUGAUAAUGAUGAGGGUGAUAAUGAUGAGGGUGAUAAUGAUGCGGGCGAUAAUGAUGAGGGUGAUAAUGAUGAGGGUGAUAGUCAUGGAGAAAUAGAAGAAGAACAACAGCAGAUAAAUGUAAAGGAAGAAUACGAAGAGAUAGCAACUGUCUCGUACAAUACUCCGCAAAAUAAGCCUCUCGAACAAGAAAAAGGAGGGAUAGAAGGCAAAGGAGAUAAAGGAGAGGAAGAAGAAGAAGAUGAUACUCAGCGAAUUUACCUUGGUGGUCAACCAAGUUUUGCACUGGACCAAAACGCGAUAAUUCCUUCGCACUCGCCCACCGUUGGAAAUGUUUAUCCACCAACAACGAAAUCUUCAAACUAUAUUCCACUAAAUGCAGAAAUUACUACAACAGAGGAAGACCACCCACCUGUGAACAAACUUGCUUUUGCCACAGCAGAGCCAAUGACACAAGAAAUCUUGGACAGAAUAGCAGAAGAUAUGGAAGUCCGUUUUGAAGUGUUGGAGGAUAUAAAAAAAGCGAAAGUAACUUUACGAAAUAAAGGAAUGAAACCAAUUAAUGCAAAUCGAUGGUCUAUCCAUUUCUGUGUUACAACUGGAAUGGAACAUCGCCAUCUUGUGCACAAGCCAGAAGGCUACGUCCUCCCGAAUCAAACGUCAAUUAAACUCACACAUUUUAAUGGUUGUGCUUAUAAGUUAGAGCCCACGAAGGACUUCAAGGCUAUCCUUCCAGGAAACUCGCUAGAGUUUACGGUGAACAUCGGGCCAACGAUUGCAAGGAGUGAUUUGGGACCGCGAUGGUACGUUGCUGCGGUAGGUUUGCAAUCAAAGGUCAUUUCCAAUACAGCUGGUGAGAGUCUGGACUUUGUCCUCCUUUCGAGAGGAAAGAGACCCUGGGAUAGGUUUAGACAUAAUGAUGUGGAAGAUCUUGGAACGGCACCUCUUUUGGUGAUUCCAACGCCUCUUGAGAUUUUAGGAUUGAAUGUUUCCAGGAAGAUCCACAUUGAUAACGAGUGGAUUGUGGUUGGAGAGCUUGGAUUAGAAAACGAGGCCAAAUUUCUUGCAGAUAAGCUACGAUUGCAAAAGUUUUUGUCUCCAACAAACGACAGAAGAGUUAUAAAGCUCUGGCGUAAUGAGACACAAUUUAAAAGAACAGACGAUGAGGGAAAAACUUCAAACCAGGCUUCCAGUGAAUCAUACCAGCUGACUGUGGAUGCAACUGAGGAGUUAAUCACCAUCACAGGAAUUGGAAAUGCUGGUGUGUUCUAUGGUAUCCAGACUCUCCUCGCUCUCGUGGAUGACCAAGGCUUGGUCCCCCAGGUCUCAAUCGAAGAUUCCCCUCGUUUUCCGUAUCGAGGGUUGAUGGUUGACGUUGCUCGCAAUUUUCAACCAAAGCAGGAAAUUAUGAAGCUUUUGGACGUCAUGGCGAUGUACAAGAUGAACAAGUUUCAUUUUCAUCUCUCAGAUAAUGAAGGGUGGAGACUGGAAAUACCGGGGAUACAGGAGUUGACUUUGGUUGGUGGUAAAAGAUGCUACGACGAGAAAGAAAGAACUUGUAUCUUAUCUCAAUUUGGGUCAGGCCCCGAUACCACCACUUCGGGAACUGGGCACUAUUCUACUGAAGACUAUGGGGAAAUUCUUCGUCACGCAACACAACUUCACAUUCAAGUCAUUCCAGAGUUCGACUUUCCAGGUCACAGUCAUGCAGCUAUCAAAAGCAUGUUAUCUCGGCACGACAGACUGCUGCAGGAAGGGAAGGAGAAAGAAGCGAGGAUGUAUCUCCUCAACGAUUUUAGAGACGAAUCCCGGUAUCUUUCGGUGCAAGCAUUUACCGACGAAACCGCCUCUGUUUGUUUGAACUCAACUUACGACCUAAUGGAGUAUGUCCUACGAAUGUUAGUUAGCUUGCACAGCGAUAUUCAACCGCUGACCGUGUUUCACUUUGGAGGAGACGAAGUACCCGGCGGGGCUUGGCAAAAAUCACCCGAGUGUGAAAAACUAGCUGAGACCUUAAACAUUAGAUAUCACACCCCUCAAACGCACCGUCUACUAAAGGGAUACUUCUUGAAGCGUAUAUCGAAUAUCACGGCGAAGAUGGGAAUUGAGUUGGCUGGCUGGGGAGAUUUCUUAUUCGAGCGGAAAAAUCGCACGGUAUUACCGAGGGAAUUUUUCUUUAACAAGGAAGUAUACUCAUUUGCAUGGAGCACCACCGGAGCUUCAAGAAAUAAUCGAGAAGUGUCUUCGAUGGCUAAUCACGGUUAUAAGGUUGUAUUAUCAAACCCUGAUUACAUCUAUCUUGAUCAUCCCUACGAACCUAACCAGGACGAAAGAGGAAAGUAUUGGGCAACCCCUUAUUCAGACACUCGAAAAAUAUUCAGCUUCAUGCCCGAUAGCCUCUAUGAAGACAUCGAUCAGAUACGAAACUGUACUAAAUUAAAGGGUUUUGUUGACGGACGAAGAAAUGUCUUAGGUGUCGAGGCAGCAGUCUGGGGCGAGACGAUAAGAACUUCUGAUCAAAUGUUCGGCAUGUUGUUCCCACGCCUUAUUGCGCUAGCAGAACGGGCUUGGCACAAAGCACCAUGGGAAAACAUAAGCAACAGGCAGGUACAAGAUCGCGAAAAGGCUGGUGACUGGGUGAAGUUUGCGAACACUCUUGGUUAUAGAGAGCUGGGUCGGCUUGACAAAAUGAACGUUAGAUACCAUAUGACACCACCAGGAGCAAGAUUGGUAGGUAAGAGGCUUGAAGCCAGAGCUAUGCUGCCGGGCCUUCGAGUUGAGUAUUCUACAGACAAGGGAGUCACGUGGAAUGACGUCACAUUUGAAACAGAGGUUGACGGGAGAGUUAAGUUGAGGACAAGAUCAACUGACAACAAAACCGUUAGUAGAGAAAUUGAGCUUCAACAAACGACACCGACACAGGCACCGAAAGCAGAAACCAAAAUUGGGGGUAACACCGAGAGUAAACGAGAGCAAGAAAUAGAAAAUAAUCAUAUGAACGUUAAUGAUAACGAUACCAAGGGCAGCGACAACGACAACGAGGGCAACGAAGGUAACAAUUCCGACAAGGAGCCCGAUAGAGACAUCAGGGAAAAAGAAAGCGAUAAUGAAACAGAUAACUUGAACAACGAAGGUAACAAUUCCCUAUGA